UGUCACCUUUCAGUGUCCAUCAAUGCCACCUGUCAGUGCCCAUCAAUGCCACCUACCAGUGCUCAUCAGUGCCACAUCAAUGCCACAUAUCAGUGCCCAUCUGAGCUGCCUUUCAGUGCCGCCUAUUAGUGCUGCCAAUUAGUGCCACCUAUCAGUGCCACUUAACAGUUCCAGUCAGUGCCGUCUAACAGUGCCAUCAGUGCCAGCUAUCAGUGCCAGUCAGUGCUCCCUAUUAGUGCCGCCUAUCAGUGCCAUAUAUGAGUGCUACCUUUCAGUGCCCAUCAGUGAUGCCU